AUGGAUAGAGAAAUUGAUACUGACAUAAAAUCUAGACAUGUCCUUGAUGCCAAAAUACAAGAAGUAAAACCGAAAAACCGGAAACACUCCCUACUGUGUCUUUGCAACCAUGAUUCCUUUUCACAAUCAUUUGUUUCUGCACAACAAUUUCUCACGGAGUCGGCAACGAAAUGGUAUAUGUCAAGCAAAUCUCCGAAUUUCCCCUCCGGGUCCGUUUCUAUGGUUGUUGAUACGCAACAAAGAUACAAGGAUGGCAUGACUCGCUCUUUUAAAGUGUACUACCGUGAUCGCGAGGGUCUGCACCCCAUGUAUGUUGCCGUGAAGGUCAACACCAAGCAAACAGUUCCAAAAGAUGUUACACUGUCAAAAGUAGUUCUAUUAAUGCUCAAAACACCAAAGAUUAAAAAGCUUCAUAAAAAUAAAAUCGUUAUGGUUGAUAAACUAAGAGGUGUUUGA